AUGUCUAGUCGUCAAGGUGGUAAGCUUAAACCUCUAAAGUCCAAGAAGAAGUCCCAACAGGAUCUAGAUCCUGAGGAAGUCGCUUUCAAAGAGAAGCAGAAGGCAGAUGCUGCUGCCAAGAAAGCCCUUUUGGACAACAUGAAGGGCGGCAAGAACUUGGUCAGUGGCGGGAUCAAGAAGUCUGGUAAGAAAUAA